CGUUUGAACGCGACCCCGUGUCUCUCCGGACAAGCGCACGUGGGUGCGUACACAAAGAGCCCCGCGCGCCGGGCCGCGCGCCGGAGCGGUGCGGGUUGAGAGGGGUUUACGAGGGAUUUAAAAGGAGGGGUGGAAUGUUGGUUUUUUGUGACAUCACAAACGCCGACAUCCAAUCAGAAGGCCGCACGGAGAAAUGAUGUGCCGGGGAGUCUCCUAUAAUGUACUGUACGAGGACUCCCUUGGAAGAAAGACAAGGGCCGAAGGUUGAGGUGGGCUCGCUGCUAUGUGAACUAUGCGGAGCGAAGCUGCUUUCCUGGCGUUUCCUGCAAACUCCUCUUUCCCCUUUUGUUUCACUGCAUCCGUUUACACCGCGGACCGCGGCUGAAAGAAUGCAGGUCGAGCUAGCAAUUGGGUUCCCUUUUGGUAGCAUAGUUUACACGCAAUUACAUUCAUGUUGAUCUUCGCCUUUUAAAAUUAUUUAAUCAUUAAUCAUUUAUUCCUGCUAUUUUGGAUUGAAAUCCCGUGUUUUCUUUCUGACAUGGAGCGUCGCGCCGAAGCUACAGAAGUCCAUUUUCGGGGUGCGUUUCCUUCUGCGUUUUUUUCUGCUCUGGUGGAUCUUACUGGACAUAAAACUCCAUUGUUUUAUUCUUUCUCAUUUUAAUUGCGUUUCCUAACCGGCGGUAUUAUUUCUCGACCUCCGCGGAAUUUGAGAGUAGCGAUGGAUCUGUCUUUUGGAGAGUGGAAGGACGUUUUGGACACCGCCAAUGGUUGAGCCGGUGCUGCUGCAACAAGAAUGGAUUACAGCUGCGAACUGGGAGAAGGAGGGUUCCAAACUGGCCGUCAGGAAAUCGACGGGAUCAGCAUGGGGUACCUGCGGGUGAACGGGCGGAAGAUGUUCGCUCUGGCUCAGGUGUUCAGUGACCUGUUCAGAGACAUCCCUCGCACCACCGUUAUGAAGAGAAUGGAAGUUUUAAACAUCAGAAGCCGGCGGUGUGACAUCCAGGAGCUCCGCACGCUGAAAGCCAUGCAGUCGGUGCCCGUGCGAGCCGUGAAGUGUUCGCUGAUUGCCAAAGAAGACCUGGAGGCUCUGUGCCUCGCCUGCCAAGCCCUGAGCCCCAGCCAGCGGAGGAAGAGGAGGAAAGGCAGGAAAGCAGAGCCGGGGACGCGAGUCCCGCCGGCCACGCUGCGCGCGAACAUCUGCCCGAGCGGCGUCCUCGCUUCUCGCGCACUCACCGCGGAUCCGGCUGCAGCUGCGCGCGGGAGCACGGCGGAGCGAGCGCAGCUGCAGCGGCGCGGACACCGCUCCCAACCCACUCACAGUUUCUCCCACAGCAAGGCGGCCAGGGACAGCCUGCUUCCCGGGACCGGCGGCACUCACCCCAGAAACUAUGAAAAAGUUGUGAAAGGGCCCAGCUUCUUCAGUUUGACCGGGGUAAAUGGGCUCCUUCCCUCGGGCAUCGUGAAUACGUUCCACAGUAGCAGUCUGCACUCCGCCAUUGCUGGGAAUGAAUGUCGCGUAACUGGUCUCCCCUUGUAUCUAAAGAGCAAAAGGCCGUGUUAUAGCAACUCAGACGGGUACGCAAAAAAGCACAAUUCUGCUCCACUGCUGUUACACGAUAAAAACUUGAACUUCGCCCAGGGACACGCCAGAGCGAGCACUGGCCCUGCGAAGCGGGGUCGCUGCACUCAAGGCACCUCGGCGGGCUAUUCCAGCGACUCCGAGUCCAGUUUGGACUUCGAGAAGGAUUCUGACUUCGGGUCCAGCUACCAAUCUGCCUCCACUGAAUCUUCGGACGAGGACGAUCAUGUCGACGGGCGAUCGGUGCUCUCCUCAAGCAGCGAAGAAGGCAGCUCCUCCGACACUGACUCCAGCUCUGCCUGCAGCGGGGACUCGGUGCAGAGCACACGGUACCGCCAGGCCGCCCUGCCCGCUCCUGCCUCCCGCUUACACCUCCCGGGCAGUAGGGACGCCGGUCCGGAGCUCAUCCCGGCCUCGUCCGCCGCUUCCGGUGUCUGUGCAAAGACACCCCCCGCACCUGCACCGCUGCUGGACGUGAAGAUCAAAACAGAGCCGUUUCUCCCCGACCCAGCUCUCCUCUUCCCACAGGACAAAGACCAGGGCUGGCCAGGUUACAACCCCGCUACCUCACCCCAGAGCCCCGGUUUCCGCCGUGCGGCGGCGACAGUGAAGGCAGAGCCGGUCGCCGCAGGGUCGGGCUCGCUUGCAGAGCUCGCUGGCUACUGCGCCAGACGGGGGCCCCUCUCAGUCUGCGCUGACGGGCUCAGGCAAUCUCCACAACAAAAGAGCCCUUUUCUGCGUCCCGAGGGAGGCUCAGGGACAGCUCUUCCACUUCUCAAAAAUGGAAACUCUUUGCACAAAGGGGGCCCAGACAAUGGGCCCCCGUCAGGCCCGAGCGCGCAAGCACAGAGCCGCGCUGGAGACGCUGGCCUCCGGGGAUCCCCCCUGCGCGGCGGCGGCCCAGCCCUCGCUGAGCCCCCGGGCCGGAGCAGCGUGGACACUGAGCGCAUCAGUGUCGCCAGCGAUCCCCAGGGGAGCCGGGAGCCCGGCAGGGAUACGUUUGAGCCCCUGAUUAGGACUUCCAAACUGUGGUGCUACGCCAAAGGGUUUAACUUCGAUGGUAAAAAUGGGGGUUACGCCAGCAGUGUUUCCAGGGUCCCCAAGUCGAAAGGGGGCAGAAGACAGUCGGGGCGCGGUGGGGGCAGAGGCGGCGGCCUGCUGGAGGGCUGCCCCUCUCUGCAACCCAGAGGCCGCCCUCCCUUGUCAAGAAAAGCUUUUAAAGUCAAUGGCUUGGAAAGGAAUUUGAAAGGGAGCCGGCCUCCCAAGCGCAGCGAGGCGGACAGGCAGCAGGAGACUUCAAAAAGAGACAGGAGCGCGCACGGCGACCGGAAGGGAAACGCGGCCAGAGCCGCCGCCGCCUCGUCCUGCCGGCGCAGGGCCGCCGCCGGCUCGGGCCCCGCCGCCCCGGACAGGCCGUUCUCGCUGCUGGGGAGCUUCCCCUGCCCGCCCUCGCUGGUCGUCGGGGAGGACGGAGACCUGUGUCCGGCUUAUUCCCUUUGUUCCAGAAACGGUUCCCCCCACAAAGAGGCGCACCCACCGUGUCGCUACUGGCAGCUGGGGGGCAACACGGUCCCCGUCCCCCCGAGCCACAGGUUCAGGGGCUACAGGCUCGAGAGCGGCGACUGACCCUGCUGCUGGGGGCAAAGUUCACAAUCACCCACGAGUUUCGGUUUUUACUUGGUCUUUUUUUAAAAAGAAAAAAAAUUUGAAUAAAGUACCUAUGUUUCCAGGAAAAGUUGUUGCGAGUCUAGUCGAGAGAGUCUUCUCAUUUGAGCUCGUUUAGUUCUGGGUUUUGUGUCUUGAAGAAAAGUGGUGAAAUCGACACUGUUGGGGCUCCGUGAUCACCAGUUGCGUCGUAUUUAUUGUUAUUAUUUUAAACCACGUGUUUAAUCACGCCUCUGACGUCUUUUUAUAGGGUCCCAGAGGCUGGUUAUUUUUUUAACUCUAUUGUAACGGUGGCUCGGUUGGGUUUAAAUUGAUUUGCAUUUUUUCCCCCAUAAAAUGCUGUUCUCUCAGGUCGCGUUUUUAUCGGUAUUUGUGUUUUAGACGCCACUUGUUGUCUCGCGUUAUUUAUGCCGGCUCUGUUUCAGCUCUGGAAUGUUUUAUUGAUUAACUGGAUUAUUAAAGGCCCGGGAUGCUGAGUCACGCUUCGGGAUAUUUUCGUACAAUCAGGGGAAAAGACCCGCGCGCACCCAACCUGAGCCGAGCCCCCGGCUCAGCGGGCAGCUGGGCUCCGACCACACAGACCAUGCCUCUGGGGGAGGGGUCGCUCCUGCACAAGGUUAGCUCACAGCUUUUGUUUUGUUAAAGUAAAAACAAAGACAAAGGCGGUUUGGCCCACAGCAUCAAGGA